AUGAUAUCCAGCUAAAUGAGAAUGGGAUUGACUCUAUAAUAAUUGAAUCAAUGGUACUCCAUUUUUAUUUAUACUAUUAUCAUUUCACCUAAAGUUGAUGGCUUCAUGGCCAGUAGAAGCUAAAUUUAUUUAAAUUUCCCUCAAAAUCGUUUGAUGACGCAAGAUCUUUAUGUAAUAUAUAGUUAAAAUUCCCAAUAAAAUGAACACCUGUUAUAGAGCAAAUGA